UCCUCUCCUUUUGUUCUCAGAAGUUUACAGUGCAUAGAUUUAGCAAUGAGGCGGCCCAUCCUCAGCGCACUGCUGCUGUUGCAGCUUCCAUUGAGCUUUACAGGCUGUUGGCGGCGAGGCGCUUCCGCGCGCGGCCUGCGCAGCCUGCGCCGGGCGGAGCCGGACCCCUGCGUGGUGCUGGGCCUGCCGCCCGGCACCCGGGACGAGGACCAGGUCCGCGGCGCCUUCCGGCGCCUGGCAAAGGUUUAUCACCCCGACGUGCCGCAGACGGGCGACAUCUCCAAGUUUCAGGAGCUGCAGCGAGCGGCCCAGCAGCUCAUCACAGGACAGGCGCCUGCGCCUGCCUGGGAUGCUGGCUCGCUCGAGAGCAUCUUCACCCAGACCUCCACCCACGUCUACGCUUCGCCCGCGCAGAGGCCCCCCUCGGUGACGCAGCAGCCGCUGCAGCAGGCGGACUUCGCGGGGACGCGGACCGGCCGAGUGGACGUCGGCUACUGCGUGGGCGCGCGUGGCACCAACCUGCGCAAGACGCCGCGGCUGGACAGGAUCACUCAUCGAGCGACGCCUGAGACGCUGGCCCGAGUCCAGACAGUGCUGAGCCAAGCAUCGGGCGCGCAGGUGCAGGCCUCCACACCGUUGCCCAUGGCCGGCUUCGUGUUGGAGGGUCAUACCCACUCCAUCGGCGAACAAAGAGUGGCAGAUACGGCGAUGGCUCUGGAAAAGGAGUUCGGGGUGGAGCUCUUGACCAUCCUGGCGGGCACCUGGAUCAACUUCCCCAUGCCUGCGGAGCUGCAGACGGUGCAGGACCUGGCGAAUCUGGUAGAGAGCAAGAUCAACUCCUGACGGGCCCCCCGAUCCUCAGCUGCGGGUUCUCCGCAGGGUUGCGAUCGAGUCCCCGAAGCUCGAUACCGGCCGCGCGACGGCAACGCUGGCUUGGACAUCCAACGGGCAGUGACCUCGUGCGACUGAUGGCCGGCGGGUUGCCACAAGUCUUCCAUCGGGGCCAAAGGGAGCUCGGGCC